AACCUUCGGCCUGCGUCCUCCAACACAGAAGAAGAAAGUUCACCGUAACCAGGCAACCAAAGAGAAGCUAACUAUUACCACCGGCUAACCUCUCUGGCGUCUACAAAAAUAACAAUUUAAAAAAUAGAUCAUCAUCACGGCUAUGUCAACUGCUACUGAUAACAACUCCAAGCCCAGGGCUAUGAGCAGAGCCAAAGAAUGGACGGCAGAGGUGGAAAACCUGUUCAGAUUCCAGCAGGCCGGCUACAGAGAUGAAAUGGAGUACAGACAAAUCCAACAAGGAGCCUUGAUUGACAAAUGGCCAAAGUCCGGCUUCGUGAAGAAGCUCCAACGUCGAGACAACACGGUCUUUCACUACAGCAGGAAGAGGGAAUGUGAGGACCGUGAUGUCAACAAAGUCUUAGUUUAUUCAUAUUAAGGUGUUCUUCUUCAGAUAAUAUAACGGUAGCCUGACAACACACACUCUCAGACGCGUGUCCCCUUUGAAGGUGAAAGAUGAAAACUGCCCGUGGGAAUUGCUUUGUGGACACCUAGUGUGUGAUUGUGUCUUGGAGUCUUGGUGUCUGUGUCGACACGAUUCACCCUUAAAGUCUGCCCAUCAAUCUCCAUUAGUAAACCAGACCAGAAGUGUGUCGCAACAAAAAUAGCGAGGAUGCCCUUUUUAACUUUUACCCCUAUAUUUUUUGAUGUUGUGUUUAUUUGUAGUUGAAGAUGUCACAAAGUGGUUAAUAAAACUACGUCAUGUU